GCGCUCCCGUCCAGUUGGUGGCUGUAAUUCAGCUGAGUCAGUUUGUCGAACACCAUUAAACUUCAGAAGAAAAAGGAGAAGAGUGUUUCUGGAGGAUCAAUGGCGUUUCAUCACUUGUUUUUGUGUCUAGUUUGUGUUUUAAAUGUGUCACGGGCUCAGAUCUACUCUGCGCUCUAUGAUGAGAAAACAUCUCGUCUGUUCCUGAAAGAGGGAUUUCAGACGGGCUCUGUCGCAGUCGCCAACUUCACAGACCACAUCAAUAACACAGGGUGGGCGUAUCUGGAGGUCAGCACCAGCGCCGCCUAUAAUGACUCGCUGCAGGCGUACGCGGCUGGACUCGUGGAGGCUGCGGUCAGCUCACAGCUCAUCUACCAGCACUGGAUGAACACACUGAUGGGUUACUGCGGGCCGUUCGCUCGAGACGUCGGCUACUGUGAGCGGCUCAAAGACUACAUCAGCACCAACCUGCAGUGGCUCACGCAGCAGAUGGACACGCACACGGACUCUCCGUACUGGCAUCAGGUCCGUUUGUCUUUGCUGCAGCUGAAGGGUUUGGAGGACGGCUACAAUGGGCAGGUUGAAUUUCCUUUAGGGAAUCUUUCCAUCAACCCCUUGGGCUUCCUCCUUUUCCAGAUGGGAGGAGACCUGGAGGACCUGGAGGCUGCGCUCAACAAAUCCAGCCGCUCUCGGACCGUUGGCUCGGGCUCGUGCUCCGCUCUGAUCAAAGUCCUUCCGGACGGCAAGGAUCUGCUGGUGUCACAUGACACGUGGAACACCUACCAGUCAAUGCUGCGGAUACUGAAGAGAUACAGCUUCGCUUUCCACACAUCUCCCACAGGAAAGGAGAUUAUUCCCGGGAGAACUCAGGUGUUUUCCUCCUAUCCUGGCAGUAUUUUCUCAGGCGAUGACUUUUAUUUGCUCAGCAGUGGUUUGGUUACUUUGGAAACCACGAUUGGCAACAGUAAUCCUGACCUGUGGAAGUUUGUGCAGCCCCGCGACGCUGUCAUGGAGUGGCUGAGGAACAUCGUGGCCAAUCGACUGGCUGAAAGCGGUCAGGCGUGGGCGGACAUCUUCAGCAGGCACAACAGUGGGACGUACAACAAUCAGUGGAUGGUGGUCGACUACAAGCUCUUUGUCCCGGGACAGGAAUACUCAAAACAAGGGCUUUUCACAGUUCUGGAGCAGAUCCCUGGGAUGAUCAUAACGGCAGACAGAUCGGAAGAGCUGUAUAAGACUGGAUACUGGGCCAGCUACAACAUCCCGUACUUCGAGGAGGUGUUCAAUGCGAGCGGAGGUCAGGAGCUGGUUCAGAAAUACGGGUCCUGGUUCUCCUUCAGCGAGAAUCCACGAGCACAGAUAUUCCGCAGAAACCAAACUCUGGUUACGGACAUCGAGUCCAUGGUGCGUCUGAUGAGGUAUAACAACUAUAUGGAGGACCCGUUGUCCCGCUGCGAUGCCUGUGACCCCGUUCAGAACGGUGAGAACUCCAUCUCUGCCCGAUCGGACUUGAAUCCUGCCAACGGCACAUAUCCGUUUGGAGCUCUGAAGCAGCGGCCUCAUGGUGGAACGGACAUGAAGAUGACGAGCUUCAACCUGUUCCAGCAGUUCGAGCUCUUGGCGGUCAGCGGUCCGACCUGGGAUCAGACGCCCGUGUUCCAGUGGAGCAAAUCUCCGUACAGCGACCUCCUGCACAUGGGCCAUCCGGACCGUUGGGACUUCAGCCCCAUCCACGUCAGAUGGUCCACAUGAACAGCAAACUUUCAUUACCUGUCCUAAUCCAAAAGCCCAUGAUGAUCAACAUGAUGACUGUAAUCUCAGGAAGAAAUCAGCUGCAGUACUUUGAUUAUAAGAAACUGAUAUUUUGACCAAGAGAAGUGUUUGUGCAAUAAUGCAUUCUGAAAGAGAUGUCUGUGAAAUGACAAUAAAUCAAGACGUGAUUGUU